UAGUAGUCUUCGUUUUGCCAGACGAGAGAGAGAUUUCACGCACACUUUGAUCAGUGCCUCCACCGUCAUCCUUCAUUCUUACAAGAUAGCCUCAGUACCGUGUUUAAUCCUGCGUCUCAUAGUCCUUGUGGAACGCGCUCAGUAUCUACCUACCUGUGUGUUGUUCCGUGUCCGUGUGAUUUUUUUUUUUCGGUAUGGCCGUAAACGUACAUUUCACCGGUCAAACGACCGAAAAUCUGUCCCGCAUCGAGCUGCUCGCCUGGGUUAACCGUACGCUGCUGGCCGAGUUCAAGAAGGUGGAAGAACUGUGUACCGGUGCCGCCUACUGCCAGCUGAUGGACAUUCUCUUUCCCGGCUGUCUGCAGCUGAAGCGCGUCAAGUUCUGCACCAACGUUGAGCACGAUUUCCUCAACAAUCUGCGCAUGUUUCAGAACGCACUGGUGCAUCUGAAAGUGUCCAAAGCUGUGCCGAUCGAACGGUUGGCGAAGGGACGCUUCCAGGAUAACUUUGAGUUUUUGCAGUGGUUUAAGAAAUUUUUCGACGCCAACUACGACGGGAAAGAGUACGAUCCGAAGGGAGCCAGAAAUAAUGCACCGAUGGGGUACGGUACACCGAGCACGCUAAGACCCAGCCAGCGGAUGAAUACGGGGCCGGGGUCCGGUGGUACGGUUCCGGGAGGUCCGCGUCCUCUAAAGCGUGCCGGCGAUACGAAUGGGUCGACGCCUCGGCUUCACUUGGCGGACAAAAUCGAUGGCGCAGCUGAAGGUGAUCGAAGCGAUGGUGAGCUGCGAGCUGCCAGGGGUGAGAAACAGCUCGAUCGUAUAAGCUCGUUAAGUGACCAGAUUGAUGAUCUUGCGAUGAAAAUACAGGACGUGGAAAUGUCGCGUGAAUAUUACUACAACAAGCUGGUGCUUAUAGAGAAUUUUAUAAACGAGAAUCCGGAAGACACCCAUGAUGCGUUCUGCGAGAAGGUGAAGGCUAUAAUGUACGCUACGGAGUGAAAAGAGCAGAAUGUAUUGCUUCUGUGUGGUUUCGUGUCUGUAUUAUGUUUUUAAUAUGUGCUUUACAACAAGCUUGCAUCUCAUCAUUGUUGUUUUAAACUAUUUAAUUAUUUAAUAUGUUACUACAUCGUAAUGCAUGUUCGCUUUUGUUUUAGCAGGAGUUAGAGGAAGUGUUGAAUAAAUCAUUUAAUGAGUAACACUA